ACACACACUCCCGGCAUGCACUGGGAAAAGAACGGCUCCGAAGACAGUGAAAUCCAAGAUUGACCCAAGGUGACAGGAAACGGGAUAUCCUCUGACUGGUGCCCUUUCCUUCUCCCAGUGGAGACAUUCCCUGAUUCGACUAUUCUGAGCACAACACUGUGUCUCCCAGAUGCCUGUGACUCCCCAGCAGCCCUCAGGGCACACGGAGGGGCUCACUGAGCCUACAUCGGAGGCAGCGAUGUGGGUUGUAAUCCCCUGCGGCCCUUGUAUUCCCAUCAUGUUGGGCCUGGCCUCUCUCACAGCCUUCUUCAUCGUAACUACUGCUGUACUGGCCGAACGCCUGUUCCGCCGCCCGAAACCAGACCCCAGCCAGCGUGCACCCACCCUAGUCUGGCGCCCUGGAGGAGAGCUAUGGAUUGAGCCCACAAGCAGCGCCCGGGAGCGCUCUGAGGACUGGUAUGGGUCCUCCAUACCUCUGCUGAUGGACAGGGCUCCAGAUCCUCCAACCCCUGGGGGCACCUUGGAGGGCAGAGCAACUGCUCCACCAGCCGUUUCAACACCACACCCUUCACCCAGCUCUUUAGUUCCCCAGACCCCACUAGAAGUCCCAGCCCAGAGCACCUUCUGGAGGCCUCAGACCCAGGAGGAGGGUCCCUAUGCCACAGGCUUGGUGAGCUGGGUUGGGCCUGAGCCGAUGGCAGAGGCUGGCUUGGAGGUUGGGAGCCCCAGGGCUUGGAGGCUGAGGCAAGGGAGCCUUGAGCCUGACUGGAGUCUCCAGCCUCGGGUCACCCUGGAGCAGAUCUCAGCAUUCUGGAAGAGGGAAGGCAGGACCAGUGUGGGCUUCUGAAUCUUCAGAACUCAUAAGACUAAUUCCCACCUAAGAGGAGAUAGGGGGUCAGCUCCAGCAUCCAGCCUCCAGCCUGACCCUCGCGCUGGAUAGGGCCUUUUGUGUGGAAAUAUCUGUCUUCUGCACCUGACCGGUGGGCAGGUUAAGAGUGUGGACAGCUUGUACUCCAAGGAUUGCACUGAAGUUCGGCUUUGGUUAAAAUGCCUACGUUGUGACUCUGAGAAUUGAAGACAAGGCUAGUUGGCUAAAAGCCAGAAGGCUUCAAGAUGGUACGUCAGGGUACACACUUACCUAAGACAGCCUGUCAGAAUGAAGAGGUCCUGUCUGCGAGGCCAGAGCUAGUGACUAUGUGUGUCAGUCAUGUGGGCAGGGGAUGGCAGGAAUCUUGCUCUCCAGAGCCACAAACCCUAUCUGUUCCCAGCCACUCUCUCCCACCUCUGUGAGGCCCUCCAGUAAAACACAGAAGACAAAUCCCGGAGGAGUCUUUGAUUCCAUACAAAUCAUGACUUUGGUUACUAAGUGGCAACAUGGAAUUUGCUGAGCCGAGCUGGAGAGGCUGUCUCUUGCCGGAAAUUGGGACAGAGACUAUAAAGGGAUCAGUAGGCUCCUCUGCUCAUCCACUUAUGGCUGCACAUGUGCUACAGUGCGGUUUUAUUAAUCCGUGUUAAGAAAAGGAUGGCCGAAAGAGAACUGAGUGGUAUGAGAAGGAAGGUUGUCCCAGGGAAGGGACACUCCCCAGACAUAGCCUUUGCCGUCCUUCCCUCCAGCUUGCUGGAGUGGUUUAGAGAGCCAGGUUUGCUGUGAGGCAGACUUACUUAUAGUGAUCCAUGCCACAGAAACGGAGUCCAAAAUAUCUGUGUGCCCGCCGGCUGACUUCUCCUUCAGGAGAGGGGUUCACAGCGGGAAACACACUGGAGCUCCUGGAGCUCCCUGUCCCUGGAAAUUUGAGUUCCCAAACUUCAGUCAAGAACAUGAA